GAAUUCGUUCGAGGACAUUACGCUCGCGCCAAAUCCGCGGAACGGAAUGUCCCUUUCGACAUCGUGGAAGUCCACUUGCCGAUCGGAAAUCCAGCCAACUUCACUGCCAGCAAAAACAGACGAACCGGCGCUUGACAACUGAUCGGCCGUUUGUUUACGCGCGCAGCCGUUUUUUUUCCAAAUUCCGCAUCCGAAAUUUCCGCGUCUCCCAAAAAUCCGACGUAAAAAAAAAGAAAAUUGUCGCGUGACUUAGCGUGCGUGCGCGCUCAGCGAACCGCUCCUAUUGACAAUCCCAAGGUUUCACUUUGUUUCUUCGUACAUCUACAAAAGCAAAGCAACAUGGACACAGACGACUUGCGGGAAAGUGACGACGAGGAAGAGCUUGUCGACCAGAACGAGCACGACAAAAAAGUCGAAGACCCGGUAGACAAGACGAAAAAAGAGACGGAGUCCAAUAGCGUCGAGAAUCGCCCAGAAAAUCAAGCCAGUACAAGUCGCAAGUCGUUAAAACGGAGCCGAACUAAAUCCAGAGUAGAAACUCCAAAUAGCAGGGUCAACACUCCAAAUUCUGCACUACCAAAGCGUACUUGGAGGAGCGCAAAUGCAUUCAUUAACUUUGUACAGGAUUUUAAAAAGGACUAUCCGGAUAUGGUAAUGGGUCGUAACGUCUUUCAAAUAUGCAGUGAACGAUGGAAAAAUAUGUCAGAAGAACAAAAGCAACCGUACAUUGUUGCUGCAAACAUAGUGAAGAGGCUGAAACAGCGAAAAAUCAGUGACAACGGUGACCAGCAAGUUAAGAAAUCUAUCACCCGUGUUUCUAAGCGAAAGGCUGAGACCAAGCGAAAAGAAACAAUUCAAAAGAGCUCCAAGGUAAAUAAUCCAGAUGCUAAGAGCACUAAGGAUACAGAUACCACAACAAACAUCUAACAUUCAUCCAUGAAUGAUGCUGACUUAUCUUAAUAAAUAUACUUUUUCAAAGUCUGUGUUAAAUAUUUUUUAAUUAUAUGAAUUUUCAUUUGACAGUCCAUGAGCAAUAAGAGCAUCAAAUGCAAAUUAACUCAAUGCACAUUAUUAUUUUUCCUUCCAAGUCUACAUCUAUUUUUGUAUUGUCUCACUGACUUCAUUGCUGCUUACUACUCAGUAAUUCAAUCUCAUAUCGUAAUCAAGAGUAGCGCUUGUGAAUGUUUUGAU